AUGAAUAAAUUCCUUAAUAAUUAUCUUCCAUUAUUUCGACGCAACUUGACUACUUCGCGACCUACCACCUUUAGACAUUUUAAUACCAAAACUUCACCAUUUAUUCCAAAUCAUAUAAAUCAUUAUGAUAUUACGAAAACGUUAAAAAAAGAUGUCAUUCGUAAUUGUUUCGUUCGUUCUUUUCAUAGUAAUCUUUCAUCAAAUUUUCAAGUAACCGAAAAAUCAAAUAAACCUCAUUCUACUCAAUCACAAAAAUUUCUUGAAGCAUAUUAUGAUAAACCUAUAACAUCCCACCUUCAUCAUCAUAAUUUAUUAGAUUUGGAAUUAUUCGAAAAAACCUUCUAUUCCCCUCGUAAUAUCAUUUAUUCUUUUUGUCACGGAGCUUCGGGCAUUCCAAAAUGUGCCGAACAAUUAGUUUCCACUGUUCCGGAUGGAAAAUAUUUUAGUGUAGGAUGCGGUCAAGAUAGUUUCUUCCAGAGAUAUGAUUCAUUAGGUGUGGCGGAUGGAAUUGGUGGAUGGCGAUGGCGUGAUGUUUCAAAAAAUGAUAAUAUCGAGUUAGAUAAAUAUGAUAAUGUUGAUAAUGAAAAAUAUUAUCAUUAUAAUGAUGUCAAUCCAGUUGAUAUUUUGCAAGAUAGUUAUGAUCAGUGUUUACGCGAUUGUCAAAUUGAGGGAAUUAUUGGAUCCACAACUGCGCUGAUCGCAAUUUUACGUGAAGAUGAAUUAAGAAUAGUUAAUCUUGGUGAUUCAUCUAUUAUCGUCAUUCGUGGAAGAGAUGUUAUAUUUCGUAGCGAAAUACUUCAACAUAGUUUCAAUUUUCCAUUUCAAUUGGGAACUGGAUCAUGUGAUACACCUCAAAAGGCUAAAUCAUAUAAAAUUAAAAUUCAAAAGGGAGAUAUAGUUAUAUUAGGUUCCGAUGGUCUCUUCGACAACGUUUUCGAGGAAGAUUUAUUAGAUGAACUUUAUAAAUUUAUUUGUCCUAAGAAAGGAACCUUUAAUGCUAGACCACAAGUAAUAUCAGAUGCUAUAACUUGUCGAGCAAAGAAUGCUAGUGAAGAUCUUAAUACUCCAAGUCCAUUUGCCAGUCAAGCAAUGGAAGAAGGGUUAUAUUAUCAAGGUGGAAAAAGUGAUGAUAUAAGUGUUGCUAUAGGGAUUAUCUCAAACCCCAAAGAACUAAAUACAUAUAGAUAA